GCCUUAUACCCAGCCACCCGUAGUGCUUCUAGAAGUACACAUAUAGGAGUCUAGAUCUAUGUAAUAGGGUUCAUGAUUAACAUGUUUAAAAUGACAUAGAUUGAAUCAAGUAUUUAAUGCAUUUAGAUCGAGAUAUAACUCUAGAUCUAAAUCACUUAUGGAAUGUUUACAGACCAUACUCAGAUACUGUAGAUCUAUCUUAACAGGCUAAGAUGAGUCAGAACAAUACGACGAAUUGCAAUGUAGAUUUGGAAAGACCUCACAUCUCACAGAACAGCCUAGUCCUCGUAGCGAUCGGCUCCAUCUUAGGCGUCAUCUCAGUGCUGACAUUCGUGGCGAACGUCAGCUUCAUCGCGGUCGUGUGCCUCUACAGACGCAAGUACAAAAUCAGGGAGCGGAACAAAUCUCAAAUUCUCAUGAUGUCCCUAGCAACCUCCGACGCCAUCAUCGGGGGCUUUAUGAUGCCCCAGGUGGUGCACAUCAUCCUUAACAACGGAGAGUGGAACUAUAGAAUCGAGAGCUGUCUGGCAUUUCUGUUUAUGGACAAACUACUCUCCGCGGUGUCUCUAUAUCACGUAGCAUUUAUGGCAUUUGACCGAUACCUUGCCGCAUCAAAACCUAUUAUAUACCACAGACUAAAAACAACCACGAUGAUCUAUUUUGCAGUAACUGCCUGGUCAGUGCCACUAAUAACAUCAAUCGGAAUACUUAGUAUGGGUUUCCUGCACUUUAACGUGCAGGAACGGCUUGUGUGCAUGGACAUGGCCAACACUUGUACAAAUUAUUUAACCGGCUUCCGUGUGUUAGUAGAGCAGGUUUUUCAGUUAUGGAUACCUGUUGUGAUGCUCUACACUCUGUACUUACUCAUAGUUCGACAAAUCUACUGGCUUGACCAACAGUUCCUCAAAAAGUUCAGAGUUUUAGAUUUUACCAAGGCAGACCGUUCGAACAACGCGCCGAGCGCUAAGGCUGAACUCGCAGACGACAUCGGGGUCGAAGAGGUCAGAGUAUCUUGUAACCCGGAAGUGCUGGGUGAAAAACCCAAGACUGAUGCCGAGUUUGAGAGCAUCGACGACGACGAAGUCGCCCCGAAAAAUGUAUGUAAAGAAAAAGAGACCAGACGAUCUGAUGAGUCCUAUAACUCCGAAGUAAGCUUCCCGACCCUUCCACGCCGUAAGCAAAGUAGCGUGAAAGCUUACUCGACCAUCGGAUGCAUUGUUUUAGCGUUUACCAUCGCCUGGGUGCCAUUCGGAAUCUACUACUUUAUCGUAUUCUCAAUGAAUAUAGAAAUGCAGCCGAUGGUUUAUAUUUCAUUUUCUAUUUUAAACUAUGCCAAUUCAUUAUUCAACCCCAUUUGUUAUUGUUUCACUAUGUCCGUGCGGGAGGCCUACCGGGAUGCUUUGCGCUGCAGCAGACAAAGGCAGUUCAUUUUCGUAACUUCCGGUGUUUAUGAAGUUUCUCAAGGCUAAGUAGUGACAGCUCAUUAGCAAAGCUCUACAUCUUGUAUCUACAGUGAUUGAUCACCAGGUGGCGCCAAAUCUAAGAAAUAAAUAGUUACUAACAAAACAUGCCACCUUAUACCAACAGUGGCUGAUGACCAGCGGGGAUCAAUCUUAGAGCCCGAAUAAAAAGUGCUCAAGGAGUCCUAAUGUUCCCGUCAUUCGAGUAUGUCCAGGAAGUCGUCAUCGAUAAGUUUAAUGAUUUCUAUCUAUUUAAUAUUUGACUAAUACACUAUGAUGUCUUGUCUACAUAAUAUCUGACUAAAACACUAUAUGUUUACAAUGAUUAUAAAACUAGUUAACGAAAAAUAUAUUCUUAUUAAAUAAC